UUCAUUUUGAAUUUUGCGUGUCGUGACAUGUUUGUGUUAUAAUUUGGCGCAAAAAUAGUUAUUUAAAAUGGAAAUAGAUACGGAAAACGGAGAAGAAAGCGUUGAUGGUUGUAUUAUGAGUAUACAUGUGCGUAAUUUCUUUUGUCAUGACAAUUUGGAAAUUAAUUUGAACAGAAAUGUAAAUUUGAUCGUUGGACGUAACGGCAGUGGAAAGAGUGCUAUUCUCACGGCUUUGGUCGUAGGUCUGGGCGGCAGGGCCUCCGCUACGAACAGGGGAAGCAACUUGCACUCUUUUGUAAAGAAUGGAUCUAAUUCAUCAAUGGUGGAAAUUAAGAUUAAGAACAGCUGCUCUACAGCCUAUAAGCCCGAUGUUUACGGAGACACCAUUACUAUUGUGAGGAACAUUAAUUCCUCAGGGUCCAAUUAUAAAGUGAAAUCAGCAACAGGUGAAGUAAAAUCAACAAAGUUUGAAGAGGUGAAUGCAAUUGUACUAGCUCAUGACAUUCAGGUGGACAACCCUAUCUCCGUGUUGAACCAGGACGACGCUCGGAGCUUCCACGCCUCGGAUCCUAAGACCAAGUACUUGCUGUACAGAAAAGCCACUAACUUGGAUCAGACAGAGAAAAACUAUAAGUUGGCCAUUGAGAAUUGUGCUAAAGCUAAUAAUAUUUGGAAGAGGAAAUGGGAUGCCUGUGCAGAACAAGAGAAAGAGUUCAAGAAGUGGCAAGCGAUCCACGACCAGAUGAAGUCCCGUGACGAGAUCGAGGCAAAAAAAACAGCUUUACAAAACGAGUACUAUUGGAGUGAGAUUACUGAGAUGGAACGGGACGCGGCGACCGUGCAGGCGCAGUAUGAGAAGCAGAAGGCUCGGAUUGAGAAGCUCGUCGACAAACUCGAGCGUAUGCAGCAGAACUACGGGUCUAACACUGAUGCCAUUGAUAAACUAAAAGCGGAACUGGAACAGAAGAAUCAAGAGAAGUCCCGCUUAGAGCAGGAGUUGCACGGCUUGGAGGCCGAGGUGCGCGAGAUGCAGAGCACGUGGCGCUCCGCACAGGGCGCCAUCAACAAGCACAAGGAGCUAUUGAGCCGGGAGGCGCGGAAGGUUGCCGACUUGGAGCGGGAGAUUCAGAACAUCGAUUCAGGCAGCGCGGCGUCGCGUCGCGCGGAGCUGGAGGCGCAGGCGGCGUCCGCGAAGGAGGCGGCGGCGGCGGCGCUGGCGCGGUACAGCACGGUGGAGAACGACGUGGCCCAGGCGCGCGCCGGCGCCGCGCAUGCGCAGGGGGAGGCCGACCUGGCCGCCGGGCGCGCCGCCAGGGAGCGGAACUCUAUCAAACAACUGAAGCAACAGCUCCGCGAGCUGGAGUCCCGAGGCAACGACUCGCUGGCUGUAUACGGCAACAACAUGGUGGAGCUGGUGCGGCGGGUGAAGGCGGCCGCCGACCGGGGGGAGUUCAGCCAGCCGCCGCGAGGACCCGUCGGUGCGUACCUGAAAGUGAAGGAAAAGAAGUGGGGCGGCGCGCUGGAGCACAUCAUCGGCGGCUCCAUACAAUCAUUCUGCGUCAACUCGCCCGAGGACUCGAGGAAGCUGUUCCAAAUCAUGGGACAGGUAUACGGCAAUGCAGCCAAGCCAGCAGUGACCUGUAGCCAGUUCCUGGCGAAGCAGCACGACGUGCGCCGCAACAAGGUGUCGGCCGCGGGCUUCCUGUGUGCGCUGGACGCCGUGGACGUCACCGACACCGUCGUCGCCAACUACCUCAUCGACAACGUGGGGCUGGAGAGUAUACUGCUCGUGCCCGAACAUGAGGACGCGGUGAGGCUGUCAGACACGGUGGAGAACGUACCGGAGAAGUGUUCCAAGAUUGUGACGCUGGACGGCUCCGAGUACUACCCGGCGCCCAACUACAGGAGCUACGGCGGCGCCGCGAGGGCCAGCAGGUUCCUGCACCUCAGCACGCACGAGAGGAAGCGACAAGUGCAAGCGGAGAUCCAGGAGGCAGAGUCGAAGCUCGUGCGCAUAGAGCAGCAGGCCCAGCAGCUGAACGACGCGGCCAGCCAGGCGCGCGACGCCGAGCGGGCCGCCAGCCGCCAGCUGCAGGCGCUGUUAGGCCCGCGCCACGACGCCGAGCGGGCCGCGCGCGCCGCCGCCGCCGCGCUCGACACCGCGCAUGCGCCGCACCACGCCGUGCUGGUGGACGAACUGAACAUAUCCAAAGAGAAAGUGCAGACGAUGCGUCUCCAAGUGGAAAAGUUUGCGGCCAAAGAGCAGUCAUAUAAGGAAAAGGUCGAUGACUACGACGCGAAGAUGAAGGAAGUCAAGAGCAAGCUGGCUCGUGCCACCAAUACUUGCAGGAAUUUGAGCGAAGAAAUAGACCAGGAACAAUUAAAGCAAGACCAUGAAGUAACAGAGCGGCGCACGUGCGAGCAGAAACUGAACGAGGACAAACGCAAGCUGAGCCAGGUGGAAGUAAUACUGGAGGAAAAGUUCAAUGAAGUCAGAUGCAAGAUUGACGAGGCCGUUAAACUGUGCCCCAGGAUUGAUGACCCUAGAGACAAAACCCUAGUACGAAACGAGCUGAAGAAAGCUGAACUCAAGCUGAGUUCCAUCCGGAGCGACGGCAUGACGAAGGCCGAGGUGGCCGAGCGACUGCUGCAGGUCGGCCGCAAGUACCGCCGCGACCACGCCUCGCUCACCACCCUGCGUGCCAUCAUACACGAGAUCAAACAAACGUCGGAGAAGCACUUGAACAUUUGUUACAACGUGCAGACAGACGUCGCGCGCAGGGUGCAGCACUCCUUCCAAGCCAUGCUCUCCUUGCGCGGGUACUCGGGUAGCAUGGAAAUCGACAACACCCGCGGCCUCCUCGAGAUCAAGUGCACAGGCCGCGAGUCGAGCGCCAAGCGACACGCGUCCACCACGUCGUCCCUGUCGGGCGGCGAGCGCUCCUACUCCACCGUGGCCUUCAUCAUGGCGCUGUGGGAGUGCGUCGAGCUGCCCUUCUACUUCAUGGACGAGUUCGAUGUCUUUAUGGACGACGUAAACCGCAAGAUAGUCUUGCGGCUGCUGAUAGACUACGCGCUGAAGAACACGCGCCGCCAGUUCGUGCUCCUCACGCCGCAAGACGCCUCCGUCACCGCCGAACCACGAAUCAGUAUUCACAGGAUGCCAGAUCCCCGACCUUAAAGUAAUAUAUUUCUAGAGCUGAUAACAAAUUUAGUAUGUAAGCUUUAAUCCAGUGAGAUUACUUAUUUUUAUGAUUUAUUAUGUUACUACCUCCAAGUACAAAUUGUGAUUAUAAU